GGGCAAGACAGCUCCUGCUCUAACCCUACCCCUGGUUACCUGGAUUGGCGAAAGCACUAGAGAGGGGGUGAGGAGAAGCCCGACAGAACGGCACAAUAGAACCCAAAAAGGCGCCAUUGACCUUAUGGAUCGUGAAGGCACAAAGUUUGGAAGAG